AUGUUACACAAUACAAUCACCCCAACAACAAUGGAAUACGACGACACGGUCGAAAUCGAUCCUGUUUUUGAAGAAGAAGCACAUGAUACAAACUCCGAAGAUGAAUUUGAUAAGCUUGGUUUGCUCACUGAUGUAUGUAAUUCUAAGCCAUCAAUUGUAGAAGGAGAUAAUUAUUUACAAAUGGAUGGUAAAAUGAUCAACUUGAAAGAAAAUGAAUAUAUCAUUCCGAGAGAAAGUGUUCACAAAGUAACAACGAAUCAACAACAAUUGAGAUUUAAUAAUUAUUUCUACAGCAAGCACAAAACAUUUGCGCACUGCAUUACCUACAAGUGCAAUUUUUAUAAAUCUAGAAAAUGUGCUGCUCGAAUAAGAUAUUAUCCUGAUAUUGAUACAUUUAUACAUGUUGCAUCACACAGUGAUCAUGCUCCACCUCAUAUUGAAAAAAGUCAACCUCAAAAGAUUUCGGAGGAAAGAAGAAAGGAAUUAUUUGAAUACAUCAAAGCAAACACAAAUAUAAGAUCAAGUCAACAAAUUGCAGAAAAUUUAAACAACAAGCUAUCAAAAGAAGAACUGAGAGAUCAUCGAUUGAUCAUCACCAAAGAGGAUGUUAAAGAAAUGAAAAAGAAAUUCUACACUGAACGGAUUGAAUGUUUACAAGAUUUGUACAUCAGACAAGAUUUAUCAUGUACAAAAUCUCAAGAUCAGUUUGUAAGAUGGGUACAAGGUUUUCCACAUUUCCUUCUUAUUUAUGGAUCUAACUAUCAAAUUAAUAUCUUAAAAGAAGUGACUGAGGAAGAUCAAAUUUAUAUUGAUGGAACUUUUGACGUGUGUCCUAAAGGUUGCGAACAAAUGAUUACCAUUCAUGUGAGGAAAAAGGGAAAGGAUGCUGCUGUUCCUGUUUUAUUCAUUUUCGCACAAGAAAAGUCAGAAACAUUCGAUACAUACUUGUGGAUGGUGAUUGCAAACUUCCUUGUACCUGAAUUAUUGCAAGUUCGAAAAUUAUUUAUUGCUUGUGAUUUUGAUCAAGCGAUGCACAACGCUCUUAGAAUUAUUUUCCCAGAUGUAGAAAUUGUGGGAUGUCAAUUCCAUCUCUGGCAAGCAGUGUCAAGAUGGAUAAAAAGAGAAUUACCUGCACACAAUCCACUACGAAAUAGAGAACUUCGUAAGACCUUUAAAUCAGAACUAAAAUUCCUUGCACGAACUAUAAUGACUGAACAAAUGUUCAACAUCAAAAAGGAGGAAUUUUUAGCAACAUGGAGAAGUGUUGCAGGUGAAAAGCUGUGGAGGUAUCUUGUUAGAACUUGGUUUGGAGACUCGUCCACUAAUGCACUAUUUGCUCCAAACAUUUGGGCUCUUGCAUUCAAGUCAAGAAUACAAGAUUUAGAUUUGACAAAUACUCACGCUGAAAUAUUUCAUUCUCGUUUACAUGUAAAAUUUGCAAGCAGACCUGAACUAAAAAGAUCAGUGAAUAUUCUGCAAGAACUUGAAUGUGAGAUAAUGAAUAUUGAAAUUGCUAACAAAGAAAAGAAAUUGACUUCAAUUCGAGCGCUACCUCCUGACAAUACUAUCAAUAAUGUCAAAAAGAGAGCCAAUCCAUUCAGUGAGUUGCAACUUGUAAAUAAUGACAAGUCCAAGAAAAAGAAAAUUACAUUUUCAAACAUUUCAAACACACCAUCGAUAGCACUUUCUGCCACCAAUACUACAAAGAAUCAGUCUAUUAGAAAUAUUACACUUCCGAAUGAGUCUGUUUCACCUGAAUCAUCCAACACAAAUCAACAUUCAUCAUAUCCAAAUAGUACUCCAAACACUUCCAAUACCAAUUGGAUUUUCGAUAGGUACAACCCUAACCAGCCAAAGAAAAGAGGAAGAACAACAAAAUCAACACCAAAUCAACCUUCUCAAUCUGCGACUUGUUCAACAACACCAAAUCAAACUUUAUCAGUGAAGAUGGUAACUAUACCUGCAUUCCUUCCACCUUUGCAGCAACCUCUGUUUCCUCAAUACCCACCAUAUCCUCAAUAUUUGUUGAAUCCUCAAUUUCCUCUAUUCAUCCCAACCAACAAUAUUAUAAUCAAACAACAAUGA